UUCAUCAUAAAAUUAUAUAUUAUUUAUUUUUGCAGACUUCAAAAAUGGAAGGAAAGUCAAAAUAUGCUGGUUUGCCUGGCAUUGAUACUGAUUCGCCGGAUGUAUUUGAAACUGUUGAGGAAGGAGGGGUGAAGAUUGAGUCACAAAAAUCAAAGGAUGAAUUUGAAAGUGAAGACAUUGAACAUGUUUCGGUAAAUAAAAAGGAAGCAUUUAACAAAUUUAAAGGAAAAUAUCUGGAUGCAGAUUCAACAGAUUUCUCUGGCAACGUUGGGAAACUCAAAAUGAGAGGGUAUGAGACAAGAGGAGAAUAUGAGAUUAUUGGUGAUAGAUCAAUCACCAAGGAAACGCCUGGCCAGAAAUAUCAAAGAUUGCAAGUAGAAAUAGAAGAACUUGCUGAAGAGCUAGAGAAAAUCAAGGAUGAUGCUAAAAAUGUAGAAAAGCAAAAUAAAUUUUCACCUACAGGUUUAGCUACAGAGGUGAAACAUCUUCAACAGCAGCUCCAGUCUUGGCAAAUCGAUGCCCUCAUUGGGUCUGAGUUUUCCGCUGGAUCAACACAUCCUGAGGGAACGGUUCAAAAAAAACUGCAAAAUCAACUUGAAUCAUACAAAGAAAAAGCAAAAUCAAAGCCAUCGAGCAAGGAGCAGGUGGAUGAAGAUUGUGUUACUUACAAGUUGUUGUAUAAACCAGAGCAAGCGAAACUGGCUCAACUAUCACAUGUCAGUGAGUUAGAAGAAAGGGUUAAGAACCUUGAAAAUCUUCUCGGGAUAGACUCACCUCACCUGUCCACUCUUUUUGAUCAAAGUGUUACUGAUGAAAGGACUUUGUCGGCUGCAAUUUCGGACGUGCAGGAUAAGCUGGCUGUAUUGGAUACAACUCAUGUUGAACAUAUUGACGCUAGGCUACAGGGACUUCUUCAUCACCUUGACGAACUAUCAUCGAAGAAAUCUGAAAAAGAAAAUGUUGAAAAUCAGAAAAAGAUUUCUGAGCUGUACGAAUUGGUUACAAAAUGGGAUGCUACCGCGGAUGUUGUUCCGGACCUGAUCUAUCGACUUGAGACGUUGAAAUCAUUGCAUAAUCAAGCCAACCAGUUUGGUUCUUCCCUAACACAUCUGGAUUCUACUCAAACGGCUAUCACGAGUCAACUACAAACUCAACAAAAACUGCUGGCCAAGAUCGCCCAAAACUUUGAAACCAAUGUUGCUUCUAUUGGGGAGAAUUGCACCAAAUUGGACGAACGAAUCUCGAAUUUGAUGAAAACAUAUAAAAAAACUGGGCGAUAAAUGGUAUUAGCAUCGAAAUACAAUUAUAGUCAUGACUUAUGAAAAUGUAGUUAGUCUAUAUAUAUAAAAGUGGUAGUAAAUUAUUGCUGCUGUUUUGGCGCAAUUUUGAUGAUGUCAUGCAUUUUGAGUACCCGCAGGUAAAAAUAUUGUUGUUUCACAAUUACGGAAAGUGAAAAUAUAUGCUAUGUAAUAUCCCAAAGGUUGCUGU